AUGGGACCAGAAGGAUAUGCUUGCAAAGAUCCCACUACAGUCACUAGCGAUGACUUUGUUUACACAGGGUUUCGUGGUGAGAAACCCACCACAAAUAUUUUUCGAAAUCAUUUAACUCUUGCAUUUGCAAAUGCAUAUCCAGCUUUGAAUGGUCUAGGCAUUGCUUUGGCGAGGUUAGACUUUGCAGUGGGAGGAGUUAUCCCAGUUCACUCCCACCGAACAUCAGAAGUCCUUAUUGUAGCAAAAGGGACUAUUAUUGCAGGGUUUAUUGAUACGAACAACACUGCAUACUAUAAAAAGUUAGAGGUUGGUGACGUUAUGAUGUUUCCACAAGCCAUGCUACAUUUUCAAGUUAACGUUGGUAAAACUCCGGCUCUUGCCUUUGUAAGCUUGAAUGGUGCAAAUCCAGGAUUACAAAUCACUUCAUCUUCUCUAUUUGAGGGAAAUUUACCUGGUGAGAUCGCUGAGCAAAUCUCUCUUCUAAGUCAUCAAGAAGUUACACGGAUGAAGAAGUUAUUUGGCACAACUUAA